AUGCAGAGAAAUGUGUACGGAAAGAGCCGAAAAAAACACCCUCUCAAACGUGUCAUUGAUAGUUCCAGAAGGGAGGUCGUCUUAGAUUCUCCACGAAAAAAAUCAAAAUCUCGUUCGUCCAGUAGACCCAGUUCCUCAAGUCUGGAUCAAGCUCUGAUUCUUACAUCGUCACGCCCUAAUUCCCGGGAAAUUAAUGCCAAAUCUCUGAAAAGUAUUUCGGCGGUAUCUACCUCAAGAUUCUACGAGCCCCCCAAGACCUUGUUUGAAAAGAAAUAUGAGCAAAACUUGUCGAAAUUCCUACCUACUGGUUCUGAUUCAGAGUUUCAGGUAUUACUGGAUUUGCCCCUGGAAGGCAAUGAUAUGAAGAAGCGAGAGGAACUAGGACAGCUGAGUAAGAAGCUGAGAAGCGAAAAUACUGGAAAGGUUGAGAUUGGUAACACCUCAGAUAGAUUUGAAGGGAAAGAUGCUCCAGAAUCCGAAAUGGAGAUUGAGAUGUCAACCCAGCUCUUAUCUCUGUUAUGUACGGAAAAACCAGAGUCUGCUGACUUCCAUAUCGCAAUGCUUGUGAGAAUCUCUGACUUCUUCAUCAAAAAAGCAUAUUCCACGGUGUUGGACGCCAAUGAUAUCCAGGGUACAAAGACCUACUACACUUACAUCAAAACGGCAUUGAAAUCGUUGCUCAUGCUCGCUACAAGAUACAACACAAGGCUCAAUCUCGAUUUGGAGCUGGUGGUGUAUCUCAACAUUGCCAGUCUCUACUUCUUCGAGACCGACAACUUAGAUCUAGCAGACACCUACAUCAACCGGGCCAUUUCGAUUGCCAACAGGAACUCAUUGACCAAAAUCGCCGUCACCAGCGAGUUACUCUACUGCCAGAUUCUCGAGAUGUCCGACCCCAAUCUCUUGCAAGCGUUUUUAUCUGAAAAGUACUCGUCGUACAUGAAGAAGAACAUGACGAGCAUCGCUGACCUAUUUGCUUUGUUGCGUUCCACACAUGUAAUUGUCACAUCCUCCACAAUUGGACAUGUUCUACUACAAUCAUUGAGUUUGCAGCCAGAUGUCCAACCCAAUAUCAAGUUGCUUUCAUCACUCUAUCAGGCAGAUUUGCACUUGUACCGUGGUAGUCCCGAAACUGCUCAAGAAUUAUUGCACAAGAUGGAUCCUCUUAAAGCAGAUGCUCCUGCCCAGUUUCUUGCCAUGUGUCAUCUAGUACAACUCUCUACCUAUGUGCAAUCGAAUCAAAUCAAGAAGGGUAAGGAAUUCUUACAAGAUGUGUCCGACUUUAUAACCACUCAGCGGAAAAACGGCUGGCCAGACUGGAAUGAGGAUGGUUCAGUGAGAAUGUUCUUGAGGCAGGGUGAAACCGAGAUUCCGUUUGCAUUGCAGGGAUUGAACUCAGACGAGUUUGUGAUCAUGUUCUACUUUCUUAGUGGCAUUCUCUUCUUGUCUGAGCGGUCCUCAUUCAAGAAGGCAAAUAAAGUCUUUACGACGUGUCUUGAGAUCAUCGAGCUGCAGCUUGAGGAGUUGACUCAAGCCAGACCUGGUGCAAGAAACUUUUCUCUUCGACUUCUCACUGGCAAAAUUGUUCGUUUGAACUAUGUUCGGUACUCUGUCUACUACUAUAGGAUCUGGGUUUCAUUCAUGGAAAAAAACGACUUCACAGGCAUCAAGUUUCUACAGCAGUUCAUCAAUGACUUCGACGUUGAGAACUUCACCAAGGAAGAGUUGAGUUACUACAAGCUUCUCAUUCCACGCUUUCUUUAUUUAACUGCCAUAUACUUCCAAGCCACAGGAGACUUGGCUGCCAGCAAAUACUACUACAUGAGGGUACGGCAGCUUUGCUCUUCCGGAAACACAAGCAAAGCUUCUCACAAGAUCUCCUAUUUACAAAGAGGUUUGGGCAUUGGAUGCGAAUCCAUGACUCCAAUUGAUGGAAAUAGUGAGCUUUUCAUGUUUGCCACACUUCACUUGCUUCAAAUCACAGAAUACGAAAUUCACUCAUGGUCGGACUCUGAGAAACCUCAAACAAAAUCAAACUUGGGCUUCAGUCGAAAUCAAUUGGGAGAUUUAUACCAAGACCUUUCCCAAGCCCUUGACACGAGCACCAAAACUUCAUCUUUCAAGAGUUUUGCGAGCUUCAACUUGAUGUUUAAACUCUCCUUCAAGGUGCUAUCUUGCAUUUACCUUCAACAAGGUUUCACUAAUAACUCCAGCCACCGUGACUCCACAAUGAUGACUGAAUUUGAAGAUCUACUCAAAGAAUCUCCUCCAAGAGAAUUGAUAUCUGUUUUGGGUACAUUUGUCCUCUACAAUAUGUCAUUGAAUCUUGAACACCGAAAAGAGCUCCUCUCUCUGUGUCUCGGCAGGAUUUCCGACCAGGACGACAAUUCCAAAAUCUUGAUGAUUCUUCUUUUGAGAGAGGCCAUAAGCAAAAAGUCAGAAAUGGAUGAUUUGGAAGAGCGAAAGUUGUUGCAAAUGAAAGUUCAGGCUUUAGAGCACAGCGUCCAGGAUAAACUUGCGAGACUUCAAUUUGGCUUUAAAGUCAACAUUAAUUCCAGCACAUCAGCAUAA